AUGGCUCUCUCGCCUUCUAUUUCACCCCACACCACUACGACCACCACCACUACCACGAGAAAUACCACUUCCACUUCCACCUCCACCAUCUCUAAAACUCCCAAUUCCUCUUUCCAAUCCGGACAUCAUUCAAACUCAAACUCCCAUUCGGUUUCGGUUUCGAAUUUGAUUGACACAAGUAACAUUCAAGAUCGUAUUGUCCCGUCCUCUCUUACCCAUAAAUCCCAUCCUACACAUAUCUCAACCACAUCUACAUCUACAUCUACAUCUACACCCACACCCACACCCACUCCCACUCCCACCACUUCCACUUCCACAUCCACUUCCACCACAACCACCACCGCCGCAUCAUCAUCUACCUCAGCCUCAAGUUCACCACCACCACUUUCGGAUAGAUCCAUUCGAGAAGGCGAAACUAGUCAAACUUUUACGAGAGAUUCCUCCAAUUUCUUAUCUUCAGUAAAAUUGUCGGUUCGACCUCUAACUUUUGAUUCAAAAUCUUCGUUGAUACCUCGCGAAUCGAGUGCAAAGGAACUGAUACCUCGCACGUCUAAUAAUACUCCCUCUCAUAAGCAAAAUCGUCAAUCGACUAGCUCAUUAAGACAAAACCGAAGUGGCUUGUUCACCUUGGCUGUAUUGGCAAGAGACAAAACUAGCAACGCAAUUGCAAGUUUGGCUGAACCCGCGUUACGUUCACGUCCGUCAUCAGGCAAUAUUUUAGAUUCACAUCCAGAUCAAAACACUCCUUUGAAUAGUAUUAAAAACAGGUCCAAGUCGGCAGAAGUUUUAGGAAGCAACGUAGAUCACACUGAUUUAUCCUCUUCGCCCGGCGAAAACUCAACAUCAACUGCCUCCCACACAAUUUCAGAGGAUACACCUCCCUCCCAUUCCCUGGGUCGUCGUCAGUCGUUACUUGGUACCAACCCUCCCUCGCAGGCGUACUCGAAUACUGCUGCAGAUACCCCACCGUUGAUCCACUCAAAUCACAGGACGACAAAUUCAAGCAAGAUGCAUCAAACAUCGUCGCGCUUGUUGCGCAUGACGAGCGAUGACAGGCCAUUCACGAGAGAUUUCAAAGAUUUAUUCGCAACGUUGGUAGUCAGUUUACCACUGGCAACGCACCGCAUACGAUUAACUAGAGUGGAACAUUCGUUUCUUUCAGAAGAGGCUAUCAACAACUUGGGUUCUUUAAAAUUCUCACAAUCGAAUCGUAUGCCAGAUCCAAAAGACCCCUCACGUAUUGUCACCACCACCACGACAACCACAUUUUCCAUGGCGCGGGAAAUGGCUCGAUCAGUAUGUCAACGUUUCCUCGAUGCACGAUUUAUCGAAUCUGCGGACGGAAAGCAAGCAAAGGACUUCACAAUGAAGGGAUCCAUAUGGCAGUUGACACCAAAAGGUAUUCAUGUUUUGGAAAGAUUUUGCUCGAAGAAUGGAAUCCAACAAAGACAUGUCGCAGAACUUGUCGCAUCCCCAAGGAACACAAUGCAAUUGGUUAUUCUAGAAAGAGAUUCUGCUACGGACAAACUUUCCUCGGAUCGAAGCACAAUUGAGGUUAUUUUCCGCAGGUUUGUUGGUCAAAAUGGACCGAAUAUCAAGACCAGCACCACAUCAGCUGAUUCGGAUUCUUUGAGCGAGUACAAGGAUGGAAUUGCUGGUGUGAGAAUGGCAGGAGAGCGUAAAGUUGGAUCGCCACCCAGAACUGUUUAUCAAACAUUUACUGGAAAGGCUGCUUGUGACUGGCUGAUGGAUUGUUGUACGACGGUGGAUAGACGGGAAACCACAGAAGUUGCGUCGCUAUUUUUGGAGCAGGAACUAAUCUGGUGCGUUCAGCCCGAUAGGCAAUACCAGCAACAACUCCCUCCUUCAGAUGACAAGAAGGAUUUCCGAUUCCAGCCUACAAAGUAUGCCUACUACCAAUUAUCACAGAAAGGCAAGGAUGUGAUCAAUAUGACUUCGAGAGAUCGUACUUCAGAGAGCGAAGGAAGUUCAGCAGCUGUCAGAGCUGGUGUAUCCCGAGAUUCGAAUACACAAAAGUUGGACAAAAUUCUUAAUGAUGCCGCACUUCGUUUACUUUUCCGCGAAAACCUUCGAGAUACCCAUUGUGAGGAGAACUUGUCUUUCUAUCUAGAUGUCGAGGAAUUCUUGAAGUCAUGCAAAGCAGCCGUGAGAAAUGUAGACCCAACCAGGGGUAAAUCAGGAGGAAGUCUCGAUUCCGUCAAGGAAACUAUGGCCUCAGCCUAUGGUAUUUACAAUGCAUUCUUAGCUCCCGGCUCACCUUGCGAACUUAACAUCGAUCAUCUGCUCAGGAAUCAAUUGGCUACUAGAAUGACCAAGGCUGUUGGACAAGAUGCUGCUAUGGUUGAGAGUUUGAAGGAAGUCACAAAGUUAUUUGAAGAGGCUCAAUUAUCGGUCUUCAAGUUGAUGGCUAGUGAUUCCGUACCAAAAUUCAUGAAGAGCUCAAAAUAUGAACAAACUCUUAAGAACUACGAUUUCGAUUCAAUAUCUCCAAAUGGACAACGAUAA